GGUCGCUUGUCAUAGGGGAAUGACCCAGUGGGUUUGAAGUUAGUUAUCAUGAGAACUUUUAGUUUCAAGCGAGAUAUGCGAUAUGAUUAAUGUCGUGUAAUAAUUUUAUUUAAGAAACAAAGGUAUAAUAAUAAUAUUUACGUUCGUUGAGCUUAAUUUGCUCAAACCUAGUGAAUAUCAGAAGGAUGUCGUCAAUGCGACAGAGUUGCUUAAUCGUGCUGAGUGGUGCGAAAGAAGGAAAUUCAGUGCAGUCUUUUAUUCAGUCUUUUACCUUACUGCACACAGCCUUUACUGUUCAGAUUGCCACUCCAGGAGGUAAAUCUUUAGAGUUCGUUAAUCAAGAUGAACAAAGUAGAAGAUGGUUAAAUGAUUUUAGAAUGAAAGCGUUUGCUGUUCCUAUUAGUUUACAUGCAAUAGAUCCUGAGAGAUACAUGUGUCUUAUUCUACCCCAUUCUCCUGGUGCUGCCACAGACCUUGUUCAUGACAAAGAUUUAGCUUUAAUACUGAAACAUUUUGUCAAGGAGAAGAAACCAAUAUGUGCAAUAGGAAUGGGUGUCGUCGGUCUUUUCCCUGCCAUGGAAGAUAGCAGUUCGUGGAGUUUUAGAAGAUAUACUCUUACUUCAGUCUCAGUCUUUGAGCUGGCAAGAGACCCAGAUUUUGCUUCUUUACCUGUAAUUCCAGAGGAUAUAAUCAAAGACAGAGGAGCACUCUACAGCUCAAGUGAACCAGACGAAGUUCAUGUGGUUGUUGAUCGACACUUGAUCACUGGCCAAAAUGAACAAUCUACUCUCACAGCUGUUCAGAACUUAAUUCUUCUGUGUAACCAGAAACAAGGCCGCAAAGAUAAACUUUAGCAUCUCGAUAUUUAUCUUAGUUUGAUUCGUACUGUGACCGACUGUCAAGUGAUUAUUAUCAGGUAUAUAUUUGGUCCUAUAUUAGAGUGGAGAGUUUAUUGUUUAUAAAUUAAUUGCUUCUCAGAGUACAAGUAAAGUUACCUCAUGAUGAUCAGGAAAAAAUUAUAGUGGUUUUUUCAGGUAGCUGUGAUUAUGUUAAAAUUUAGUGGUUCAGUGCUUUAGGUGGCUUCUAACUGCAACUAGAAAUUUAUUUUGACCUUAUAUUAACUGCAAAUAAGGUACAUUUGGUAUUUUAUGACAAGCUUUAUUCAUUAGCUUCAACAGCUGUCAGCAUGCAAAAUAUUUCGUUUACAAGCUCUGUUUUAUAUCCAUUUUUAUUAUAAGUGGUAUAAUAGCACUGUUCCUCUGAUUUUCUCAACAAUCUUAGUAAUUAUAUAUUAUGUUUCUAGAAGUGUGUGAUUGUUCAAUUUAUUUCAUAACCACUUGAAAGAAUUUUCAUUUCAAUUGGAAAAGUACAUUGUUAUACAGAAGAUUUAAGAUUUUGUUUAAAGAAAAAAAAUAUAAAAUUCUUAUUUAUGAAUGUUACAAAUCUUUACGUGAAUGUUACACAGCUGCUACAGUAACCACCAGGGACAAUUUUGGUUUUGUCAACUAAUCAUUUCAUAUUUGUUUUGUAGACAUAAAUUAGUUAAAAAUCAUUAAUUUUCUAUUUUUGUACAUCACUUUUAACUUUCCUAGGUUAUCCAUAAAAAAGGGUAAGAAGGAAAUUUAAGUCUUUUAGUUUAGGGCAUGGAGAUCCAAAAAUUCAGUGUGUAUACUGCAGUAGUUGUGGUAUUUUAAAAUGCUUAAUAAGCUAAUAUACACAAAUUAUUUUAAAAAUAUCUGAUAUUCUUGACAUUAGACUUAAUACAUAUCUACUUCUGUGUAAAAAAUAAAAUGCAGUUACAUUGUGUAGUUUUUGUGCUUAUAGAAGACAGUCAUUAUAUUAUUAAUUGUUGCUUUUAAGUUGAUGUUUUCCAUAAAUACUGUAAAUAUAAAUAAAGGAAGUAACCUGUUAA